AACCACAAGAGAGAGAGAGAGCGCGAGCCCCAAAGCAAGCGACAUGUCCCUGUGGGGAGCAGUGCCUCUGCACCCCAGAGUGAGGAGGACACAGGGGUCAGAGGUGGCUGCAGGGCAGGCCGAGGAGGGACCUGGGGAGCGGGGUGGGCUCGUGUCCUGGGAGCAGUCAGGAAGGGAGGCCAGCUGGUGACGAGAGAGCCGAGGGGCGCCUGGGGCUGUGUGGAGAGUCCGGAAGAUUGCAGCCAUGCCUCACAGCUCCGACAGCAGCGACUCCAGCUUCAGCCGCUCUCCUCCCUCUGGCAAACAGGACUCCUCUGAUGAUGUGAGAAAAGUUCAAAGAAGGGAGAAAAAUCGCAUUGCUGCCCAGAAGAGCCGACAGCGGCAGACACAGAAAGCUGACACCCUGCACUUGGAAAGUGAAGACCUGGAGAAGCAGAAUGCGGCUCUGCGUAAGGAGAUCAAGCAGCUCACAGAAGAGAUGAAGUACUUCACGUCAGUGCUGAGCAGCCACGAGCCCCUGUGCUCAGUGCUGACCAGCAGCACGCCCUCGCCCCCUGAGGUGGUGUACAGCACCCAUGCCUUCCACCAGCCUCACGUCAGCUCCCCUCGCUUCCAGCCCUGAGCUGCCAGAAGUGGGGGAGAGCAGAACCCCCUACCCCCAGCUGCUCUGGCAGGCCUCAGGAGGGGCACACGGACUGUGGCCAGGCUGCCCUCGCCCCUCAGAGCCCUCUCUCCAUCUGGAGACCCGGAGGUGGAGGCCUGGACAAGGAUUGAGCACAGGACUGUAGCAGCUGGAAGUGUGCGAGGCCUCCCAGCAAUGUGGCAGCAUGUGCUGGACCGUGUGGGCGGGAGGCCCUAUCCAGAGUUGGAGUGAGCAUAAUGCCCAAGUCCCAUAGCACAGAGGGAGGAGGGCAGGGCAGGGUCAUUUUUUAAAAUAAAUGUCUUAAAAGAAA